AUGGGUGAGAACUUUGCUCCGUAUUCCGAAUAUCCGAACUAUGCGAACCUGGAAAAUGAAUUCAAUUAUGACUGGGCCGUCCCUGAAUACUCGCAACCUUCUCCUUUCGAGAUCAAUACCGAAAUCCCUCGUGAUAACCGUGAUGACCGUGAUCACCGUGGUAUCCGUGAUCAUCCUAUAUCCAACACAACCGACCGCGUGAAUGCUAAGGUGGCUAUCCCCCGGAACGCACAAUCAAGUAGUUGGACCAGCAGUGGUCGAGUCAGUCGAGCUUGUGAAAAUUGCCGUGAACAAAAGGCCAAAUGUAGUGGCCAUCGCCCGGCCUGUCAUCGAUGCCUGGAUUCCAAUGUCCCGUGUUCGUAUGGCGAUCGGAAAAGAGAGAAGAUGGUGAAACAGCUGAAGGAUCUAACUACACGGGUUGAAACCUUUGAUGCGUUGCUCCGCGAUCUUUAUCCCAAGUUGGAUGCCUCGUCGGCCCAUCGGGUCGAUGAAACACUGAAGGAGCUAAACGCACGCACUCCGCUCAGCCAAGUCCUUUCCCCUACCCCUGUCCCUGCCUUGUUCACCAACCCAAGCCAUAUCAAUCAAUCAGUGCUAUCUUCCGCAGAUGUUACUCCUAUAUCUAUUCCCUCGGGGGCUGUAGACUACACCGAAGAGGACUUCGAUCGUGAUGAAAAAGUACAGUCAACGGGAUUUGUGGGCGAACAUUCGGAGAUGGCAUGGUUGUACAGACUCAAACGCGACCUUGACCAUAGCAGCCCGAAAAGAAUCGAACACACCCUUGAACGGCCUUCGAUCUCUUCCUUGAACUACUUCCAAGAUCACUCGGAGAUUCUGGUUCCCGACGAUAUCGACCUCGCACGCCGGCCUCCACAACAAAUCGCUAACAGGCUGGUCGACACCUACUUUCAUGUCGUGCAUCCUACCUUCCCGAUUAUUGGAAAGGCAAUCUUUCUGAAUCAGUAUCGAUCCUUCUACUCUAAUUCAAAUGUGCGACCCGGGAAACGAUGGAUUAUAGUGCUAAACCUGGUGUUCGCCAUUGCGACCAGACACUCCUUCCUCAUCGAUCAGCCUCAACCAAAUUGCGAUGAUCAUCAGACUUAUUUUACACGGGCGUGGAGGCUGAAUGUAAGUAACGUGGUAGAUCAUCCCGACUUGCAACAGGCACAGGUGGAGGGCUUGGCUGCUUUUUACCUCCUAUCGGUUGGCCAAGUUAACAGGUCAUGGAGAUUCAUUGGAAUUGCAAUUCGAUCCGCGGUGACUAUGGGUCUAAACAUUCGAAGCGAAAGCGAGAGCAUCACCCAUUUUUCAAAAGAACUUCGAUAUCGGGUUUGGUGGGCGCUGUUUAUGUUGGAUAUGGUGCUAUGUGAGACGACAGGCCGUCCGCCUGGCACGGGGGACAUCUUUUGCUCCACGCCCUUUCCUGUUCCCUUUGCAGAGGAGGACUUUUGGGACACGCGUGUUAUGCAAAUUAUUACCGACAAAAGGGCUCGAAAUGCCUUUUUCACCUCCUUAAUUUCCGGUACGGCUGCUUCAUCAAAUGAGAGUGUGACUCUUAUAACGCCGGAACAGCAAGAGUCGGGCAAGGGCAAGCAAGAAGAAAGGGCUAGUCCGAGGGGGCCAGAGAAUCUGACACCCAACUCCUCUCUGUACUUUCUGUACGCAGUGGACUUGGCUCAUCUCCUACGCGAGGCUAUUAAUAUCCUUUACGCCCCAAGGGCAACGCGACAGUCAUGGCUCGAGAUUGAAACCGCCAUUCCCACACUAAACAACCAUGCCGACAACUGGCUGUCUCGUCUCCCCGCAGAGUUCGAUUUCACAAAACUAGACACAACCCAUCAAUUUCUACAGCAGCGUGCUAGCCUUGCCUUCCAAUUCUAUGCCACCAAGCUGAUAAUCCUGCAGCCCUGUAUCCGCCAUCUAUCUCAGUCAUCUGAAGCAAGCUCCCCGGGAACAGUGUGUGACCAGAUGGCAGUCUUGUGCGUUCAAAUGGCGGGUCAAAUGCUCGACCUUCUGCCCGAGGAGCCAGACCUGUUUUGGCUGUACGGUGUCGCUCCAUGGUGGUGUAUCCUGCACAACAUCAUGCAGUCAACUACCAUCCUCCUCGCCGAGCUGUUCACUCGCACUCAUGUAGGCACCGCCAAGGCUGUCGAUAUCACUAAGAAGAUCGACAAAGCGACUCGCUGGUUGAAAGAGAUGUCGAAGAAAGACCUUUCUUCCCAGCGAGCCUGGCUUGUCUGCAUGGACCUCCUUUCGCGGCAUGGCUCGAAGUUUGGGUUCGGUGUUGACACCGAACUCUAA